AUGCUUCUAUCACGCCUGGUCUUUCGACACCAACGAGAGCUGAUCGGCGUCCCCGGGGCAGACGCCUACGGGCCCUGCUUCGAUCGGGGAGAGCUGGGCCUAAAGCAGCCACCCAGGGUCGAAAGCUACCGGGGCUUCUACUUCGUGAGUUUCAACCCCCAUGUCGAAGAUCUGGUUACCUAUCUGGCCGGUGCAAAAGAGUACCUUGACCUUAUCGUGGACCAGGCCGAGGAGGGGAUGCGGGUGAUUGCCGGGUCAAACAGGUACGGUACGAAGGCCAACUGGAAGCUGCUGGCAGAAAACAGCCUGGAUGGAUAUCACCUGGUCCCGACCCACAGGACCUACGUGGACUACAUCGCCGGUCUGGGAACAGACGACAGCGGGGACACGAUGGCCGCCCGUCCCCCAGGCAGAGCCAGAGCCCUGGGCACCGGUCACUGUGUGGCGGAGAAUGUUGCCCGCAACGGCCGCCCAAUUGCCCACUGGCACCCGCUGUACGGCGAGGAGGCCAGGGAGCCGAUAGAGCGAGUCCGCCAGCGGCUGGUGGAGACGUACGGGGAAGAGCGCGCCUACCAGAUGGCCGAUACCUCUCGAAACCUGCUCAUCUAUCCCAACCUGAUUAUUAACGACAUCGUGGCCAUCACCAUA